AUGAACGGAGCCACGUUGACGCAGACUCUUGUCGUGCUUCAGCCCUACUUGGCCGACAUGCCGUUUCAGUUGGGAGCCCGAGUCACAGGGAGGUUGAUUCAGGAAGAGAUGCAGGCAGUGCUGUUUGGCAACGCAAAGGCGACUCCUGAGGAGGUGCCUGUUCGCAUCAAGAACAUGGUUGCCGGAUUCAGGUUCUGGGACAAUGACAUUCUCACGUUGGCCGACAAGCCUCGUGUGAACCCUGGCAAGCCCAGCUUGCAGCAGGCGUUUGCCGAGCUGCUCGAGAGACAAGCCGACGGGGAGGAGAUUGCAGGUGAUCAGGAAGAUGCACAAUUUGCAGAGCUCGUUCAGAAGCAGCGUGCGCUUGAGCGACGCCCCAGUGAUCCCACGCGUGAGGAGGACCCCGCCGACAAGAGUACUUUUCAGCCGGACCUUGAGGCCACGUUCGUGCAUGUGUUCAAGAAGACCCUGACAGCAGUGUUUGAGUCGGACACCCUCACCAGCUUGCUUAACAACGUCGCAGAGCAAAAGUACCUGGAGAACUUGCAGAUGUGGAUUGGUGAGUUCCUCGCGGAGGCAAACGUGCAGGCAGCAGAGACAUGGAUGAGUGCAACGGCUAUGGGGCAGGAGCUGACCGAGAUCUUUGAAGGUCAUCUUCGGUUCUGCAGGGCAGUGGCUUUUCUGUUCCAGGUGCCUGUUGCGGGCAGCACUCCUUCGAUGGAUGAUGUGUUAUGGUUCGCGGACUAUGUAGGUCCACACGUGUGGCGCAAGACCAUUAGAGUGUUGUUGCGGGCACCCGAACCUGCAGGACCCAACUUCACGGAAGUGAAGAAGAAGUCCCGCAGCCUACUGCAGACCUUGUAUGCGGACGCUGUAAAGACUGCCGCGACAGCGGGGCCAGCUCAGCAGCAUCUGCAGGCGCUGCACUCGAAGCUGCAGGCGGCUCCCAGGGUUCUCGAGCAUCGCUGUUGCCGUGCUCUUGCAGAGUUGAUGAAAGACUUGGAGGAACUGGAGCUCAAGUUGCGGCAGGGCGGCAGUCAGCAAACUCGGGCUCUGGCUGUUGAGUUUACCUUGGAGGUGGUUGACGCU